GAUGUCUUUUAGGUUUUGCAUAUGGAAAUAAAACAUCACGGUAGGUAGUUUUAAAUGACUUUAUUGCUUUUCGAAUAUUAUAUACGAAGAUCUGCAUGCGCUCCAAUUUUCGAAGCACUUAUUCCACUCGUUUGCUGGCAAAACGACAUUUUUGAAUGCGUCAACUGCUCCUUCUGGUGACUGGAACCUUUGACCACGCAGUCUGUUUUUAAUUUUCGGGAAAGUAAAGAAAUCGUUAGUACUUAG